UAAUUGCCGUCUUAUGGAAAAUGUCCCAACCAAAACGAGAUAGCACGUGGAGUUGGUUGGUACUGUUUUGUGUUUUGUGCUGCCAAAUAGUUCUCGGUGGAAUAUGCUUAUCGGGUAUACUAUUUCUUGUUAUAUUCACAGACGUGAUAGACGUCAGUCCGGCGGAAGCAGCAUGGCUCUGCUCACUUCCAGUUACUAUAUGGUUUAUUUCCUGACUUGGACUUGGCAUAAAUUACAACGGGUGUAUGUCAGCAAUUAAUGUAUACUUCGAUACCUACAAGACCCUAGCUACCGGCAUUUCUUCAGUUGGCCACAAUCUUGGUCUUAUAAUAUUUGCUGAUAUCAUUGUUUCAUUGGAGGAGAGUUUCGGUUGGAGAGGGAUGAUCCUUACUUUCGGUGGAAUAGCGUUCAAUCUUUGUGCAUGCGCAAUUGUCAUGUUUCCUAUAGAAGUUCUAAGUGAAACAGACAGUGAUCAUCGCUCGCCUGUAAAGAUGAGAACACAAGCGAGAAAGAAAUCCAUAAACUUUUCUGUUUUUAGAAAACUACCAUUUGUUUUUCUUUGUAUAAGCAAUGUGUUUAUGAAUUUCAGACGAGGAGUUUAUAUUUUACAUUUGCCUUCCUACUCUAAAGAUGUAGGCUUCAGCUGAAAUGAUUUUGGAAUAGUGCUUAUGGUGUAUGGAAUAUCGAAUAUUGUUGGAAAAGUGUUCUUCAGCUUUUUAAGGCAUCAGCCACAAGUAAAUGUUAUCGUUGUAUAUACGCUGUCACUCUGUCUAUCUGGCAUAUGUAUGGGUCUUACGCCAGUAUUUCUUACCCGAACUGGCAUGCUUGUUUUAGCAGGACUUGUUGGAUUUUUCUUCUGUGUGACAGGGGCCUUAAUUAACGCAAUAAUUCACAAAAUUGUCGGAUUUAGCAGAUUUCCGGAUGGAGUCGGAAUGUCACUACCCUUUAAGGCAACUGGAAAUCUCAUUGGUGGACCAAUGGCAGGUGUUUUGCUGACUAUGACGGGAAGUUAUGCAUUUUCCUUUUAUCUGGCUGGUGUUACUAUGGUUUUAGCAGCGUGUCUGAUGGUACAUCCUAUCAUGCACAUAAGGCAACGAGAAAAGAAUCAUCAAGCCAGUAAUAGUUAUCUUGUCAGUGAAAAGGACGUGGAAAUAUCUGAAACAGGAACAUUUAUUGGAACCCAAAAACCUAUAAGAGAAAUGGAAUACGAAAGACAGCUUAAUAUAGAAUCGAAAUUGAUAGACAUGGACAUGGCCGAUAGAACAUUUGAAGUGAUCCCAGAGUUAGAAAAUCAUUACGAACAGUGCCCUCAUUUAUAAUAGAAGGCAACCUCUACGCUACAACCGCAAUAUCAACGUGUUCCACAUCAAGCAUCAAGCUUAACCGAAAAGUUUGUUUUAUGUUCGCAUUUCAAAAGUUGAAUGUCUAUAACAGUAUACUGAUAAAAGCAUUUCUUUCAAACUUUCGAGCGAAUUUACUAUUGAGAUCUUAUUCUUCCAUGGAUUAAACCAAACUUUAACCACUUUCAGAUGUUAUGAUGAGCCAGUUUACGAAACAGUUAUAAAGUAAUUUGUUAGAAAAUAUUGCAUAUUGCACUAAAUGUCCAUAGCUGUACACAAGUUGAUCAAGCCCAGCUAGUAGGCGCAGACGCCUGGGAAAAGGUUCUCGGUGAUGUUGGAUUGCUCGAAAAUUUUGGGCAAGGGUCGUAGUGACUUCGGUGGGCUCGGGAGCAUAGGACAUCGGUUGCGAUGACGAUGGCUGGCGCGGAAACGUGGGAAAAUGGUCGUUUUUUGACGUUUUGGUGCCAGGAAACAUGAGGCAAAUGCUGAAGUGACGUUGGUAGGCUGGGAAUGUUAGGAGAACUAUCGUAGAGACGUCGGUAGGCUCGGAAACCAGGGGCAAGGGCCGCAGGUUAUUCGUAGCUUAUGUAAAACGCAGCUUCUACAAUCUGCAAGGAAGGCUUGAGCGACCUGUGAAGUUUCCACUUUUUCUAUUAUUUAUUCAACAACUAUUAAGAGGCAAAUGUCCUAUGGCAUUUCUUCAGAGUUCAGAUGCGAAGGACUUGGGACACAAAGGUGUAAGCACGGGUGGAUUAAUAUUAAAGUAUGUGAACGAUGAACCGGGAAAAUCAGGCAAAAAUCCACAACAUGGCUUGUAAUGUUCAUGAAAAUUAUGCUGCGUGUGAGAAUGUUGGUUUUACGCGACUAUGUAUAAACGGAUGCUAAUUUUACAUCGCCUCGUUAAUUACAUUUGCAGAUUUGUUAUACGAUCUUAGUAGGAUAUCAGUAAAAUAUUUACAUAUAUGCAUUAGUUUUAUGCAGUGACAUUUGUAGAUAUUAUUUCAAAAAUUGACCUUUACAUCUGCUAUGGAAUAGAUGAAACAUGUAUCAUACAUCGUACGAAUAGAAGAGAGGAGAUGAGAGAACCUAAACGAGACAGCGCGUGGAGUUGGUUGGUAUUGUUUUGUGUUUUGUGCUGUCAGAUAGUUCUCGGAGGGGUAUGCCUGUCAGGCGGACUAUUUUAUGUCCUAUUCACGAAUGUGUUCAGCGCAGAUCCUGUGGAAACUUCCUGGCUAUGCUCACUCCCAAUCACUAUGUGGUUUAUUUCAACACCAGUUGGAAGUAUUCUAACGAACCGCCAUGGGUAUCGUGUGUGUUCGUUUGUUGGUGGUAUUCUGUCAGCGUGUGGUCUUUCCUUGAGUUUUCUUGCAACAAGCUCAACGUUCCUCUUCUUGACAUAUGGAUUUCUGACAGGGCUUGGACUGGGAAUAAAUUACACUGGAUGUAUGUCGGCACUCAAUGUGUACUUUGAUAAAUACAAGACAGUAGCAACUGGUAUUGCUUCAGUUGGCAACAACAUCGGUCUUAUCAUAUUUGCUUAUUUCAUUGUUGCACUGGAAGAGAGCUUCGGUUGGAGAGGGAUGCUUCUAAUUAUUGGUGGAAUAACGUUCAAUCUUUGCGCAUGCGCAGUAGUGAUGUUUCCAAUAGAAGUUCGCUUUGAUACAUACAGUAAACAUGAUUUGAACGAAAAGACGACAAGAUCACUCCGAAGAAAAUACAUCAAUUGUUCAGUUUUUAGAAAAAUGUCGUUUGUCGGUUUUUGUGCAAGCAAUGUAUUUUUUAAUUUCAGUCAUGGAAUAUAUAUAUUACAUUUGCCUUCCUACUCGAAAGAUGUAGGCUUCAACAGAAAUAAUUUUGGAACAGUGCUUAUGGCUUAUGGCAUAUGUAACAUUGUCGGGAAGGUGUUCUACAGCUGUUUAGGGCAUCAUCCACAAGUAAAUGUUACUUUUGUUUACACUAUAUCACUUACAGCGACUGGAAUAUGUAUGGGUUUAACACCUGUGCUUCUUACCCGAACCGGCAUGCUUGUUUUAGCAGGACUUGUUGGUUUUUUCUCUUGUGUAACAGGGGCUUUAAUCAACGCAGUUAUUCACAAGAUUGUCGGAUUUAGUAGGUUUACGGAUGGAGUUGGUAUGUCAUUGCCGUUCAAAGCAACUGGAAAUCUCAUUGGUGGGCCAAUGGCAGGUUUUUUGUUAACAGCUACCGGAAAUUACGCAAUUUCCUUUUAUCUGGCGGGUGUUAGUAUGAUUUUAGCUUCAUGUUUAUUGGUGCAUCCAAUUGUACAUGUAUGGCAAAGGGAAAAGGAUCAUCGGACUAGAAAUAUAAACAUUGUCAGUGAAAUGGACGUGGUGAAUUCGAACAAAGAAUCAAUUCAUGGACCUGAACAUUCUAUAGCGGAUCUUGACAAUGAAACGAUGCUAAAUUCAGAGUCAAAAUUUAUAGAUCUGGACAAUUAUGACAGAAACUAAUGAAGUGACUGGAGAUUAAUCCUGUUAGCCACCAGUUUAUCAAAAUAACUUAAGUGAAACAAUAAAACAUUGUGAAUAACACUAAUUCAAGGCCUGAAACCCAUUACGGCCUUUGGCCUUUAAAGCUGCUCACUCACAGUUAUUACGAAAAUUAUCUACCUGUUCAUUUUAAAUGUGUUUGGCAUAAAAUGCUGAAGGAAGAGAGUUACUUUGUUAUUUCAAGCGACACAAACGACGUUUAAACCUCUGAUCGCUUUUUAUAAUAUAAUUUGAGGGCACUUACAGGUAAAACUGACAUUCAUUGAGAACAUUUAUAACACAUGUUUGCAACCAUGGU